AUGCCGCUCGAAGUCCAAGGAACAUUCGUAUCACAGAAAAUUAGUAAAAUAAGAUGGAUAGCUGAAGACUAUGUGGAAACAAAGUGCUUUUUUACCGGCAGUUGGGAUGACGAUCAAAAUUCUAUUAAAGUUUGGACGUUAGAAAGUCCUCACGAAGAGGAGGAGGUGGAAUACCCUCGCCAGUUGUCCGAAUACCUUGUAAACGGUGAUGUUACACAAAUCAAGUUUACAGAAAAGAACAAAAUCGCAGUUUCCUUAUCAAAUGGCGAUGUGAAAGUGCUGGAAGUAAGUUUGUACGACAAACAGUUUCCCCUUAAAGAAGUAUUCCACUGGGAGAAGUUACACAACUACGGUGCAGAACAAUGUUCCUGCACAUCACUGGACACCCUGGAAGGUGACAUUGCCACCAUUGGUGAGGAUGGCAAUGUGAACAUACUGAGUGGCAGGCGGGGAGAGGUGAUGCAUUCCAUCAAGGGAGCUGACAGCUGCUCCCUACAUUCCAUCUGUUUUAUCAAACACACUGAAGUUAUAACUGGUAAUGUGAGAGGACAUAUGAAGAUAUGGGAUGUAAGAUCUACAAACAACAAGCCAUCAGCUGCAUUCUUACUUGCAGGGGAUGAAUUAGCCGCUACUUGUAUCAUCCAUCACCCAACACAACCACAUAUUAUCCUCGCAGGGAGUGAAUCAGGAGCCCUCGCAGUCUGGGACUUGCGAAUGAACUCCUUCCCUACGUCUUUAGUGAAUGCUCAUUCCGCAGGAGUAUCAGAAAUGCAGUUCCAUCCAGAAAACCCUCACAAGCUCCUUACAUGUUCUGUAUCCGGAGAAUUAUGGGAGUGGAACAUGGAAGCCAUGACAAAGAGUUCCAAAGGCCCUGAUGGCCAGGUGAUGUGGAUGCCACUACAAGAUAAGAAGUCAAUGAUGGUGAACUCCUUGAUACCGGCCCUACAUAAAUCUAUCAACAGCCUACACUGUGACAAAGGCCGGAUACUUUGUGGAGCUGAUAAUGAAGCUGUUUAUUUGAUUAAGAACUUUAAGUAUUAA